AUGCACCUGUCGAUCGAGGACCAUAUCGCAACCAUCACGCUGGACCGCCCGAUGCGGGCAACGCCAUCGACGAGCAGACGGCGCAGCUUCUGCGUGACGCAUGCGAGCGCGUUCGGCAAGACGACGAUAGUUUGCGGGCGAUUCCCCUAUGCCGGACGAGUUCGCGCGCCUGCGUGUGAGCGAAGCCGUAGCCGCCAUCGAGAAGCCAACCAUUGCGCUCAUAACGGCGACGCCAUAGACCAGGGUCUUGAGCUUGCGCUGGCAUGCGACCUGCGCGUGGCGGCGUCGGACGCGCGGCUCGGACUGACGCACUUGGCAACCGGCAUCAUUCCCUGGGACGGCGGCACGCAGCGCCUGCCCCGCGUCAUCGGGCAGAGUCGAGCCACCGCUAUGAUACUCACAUCGCGGUUGGUGGACGCUCAGGAAGCGAUGGAUAUUGGACUGGUGAACCAUGUCGCCGAGCGCGAAGAAGCAGCCGAAUACGUCAUGUCUCUCGCCACCACCAUCGCCUCGCACGCACCCAUAGCCGCACGCUAUCUCAAGAGACGCUGCUUAAAGGCUCGGACAUGA